AAUCAAAUCAACAAUAGAUUUAAAAGCUGAAAAGAAGCCUGCUACCGCUGGUAAAGCUCCUGCAACCAAAGCUUUUUCUGAGAAGAAAGACUCUAAAAAGUCUAUCGCUCCUGGUAAAAAAUCUAAAAAAUGCAAAGUUAGAAAGGAAACUUAUUCACACUAUAUCUACAAAGUCCUCAAGCAGAGUCAAAUUUCUUAUGAAUUGGCAAAACAUGUAGUAUCUGAAGGAACCAAAGCCAUCACUAAGUAUACUAGCUUCAAGUAA